UAGAAGGAAAAAGUUCGUUUGUCGUUGUGCGUAGUCGAUUUUUCGUUUUUUUUUUUGUUUUUACCGUUGUUGUUGUUUGAUUUUUAUCAUCUCGCGUAACAAUGGCUCAAAUGGAAAAAAGUCUGCUUCUUUUGUUCGAUCGCCCGUACGAGCCGGUUUACGUGCCCAAAGGCGAAAAUCGCAUCAGCUUUGAUAUCCCGUCGAACUAUUUGCCGGAAAGAUACAAAGACAUCGGCGACCGCAUUCUCAAUCGUUUCGGCAACGACGCGCUCUCCUCCGUGCCGAUCAAGAACAUCGCCAUACCGGAUCUGAGCGUGCCGCUGAGCCUGAGCCGUCGCGAGACCUUCUCGCACUUCCUGCCGGCCCAUCGCAAGAUGGCCACCAGGCUCACCGAGCUCUUCAUGGGCAUGAGGACGCUGGAGGAUCUCGUGUCCCUGGCGGCCUACUGUCGCGAUCGCGUCAACGCCCAGAUGUUCGUCUACUCGCUGUCGGUGGCCAUACUGCAUCGGCCGGACACCAAGCACCUGUCGGUGCCCCAGCUGGCCGAGAUCUUCCCGGACAAGUACAUGGAGAGCUCGAUAUUCCAUCGGGCCAGGGAGGAGGCCAACGUGGUGCCGGCUGGAUCUCGCACCCCGAUCGAGAUCCCGCUCGACUACACGGCCACCGACGCCGACCCCGAGCACCGAGUGGCCUACUGGCGCGAGGACGUCGGCGUCAAUCUCCACCACUGGCACUGGCACCUCGUCUACCCGUUCGACGGGCCCCGCGUCGCAGUCAACAAGGACCGCCGCGGCGAGCUCUUCUACUACAUGCAUCGUCAGAUCAUGGCUCGCUACAACAUCGAGCGUUUGUGCAACGGCCUGCCGCAGGUCUCGCGCCUCAACAACUUCCGCGAGCCCAUCCCCGAGGCCUACUUCCCCAAGCUCGAUCAGCAGGUGGCGGGUCGCGCCUGGCCCGCACGCCCGUCGGGCUUCGUACUGUCGGACAUCAAUCGGCCGGCGGACUCGCUGCGCUUCGACAUCAGCGACCUGGAGCGCUACCGCGAUCGCAUCCUCGAGGCCAUACAGUCGAGGCAGGCGAGGUUGGCGUCGGGUGGCACGGUGCGCCUUGACGAGGAGCGAGGUAUCGAUAUACUGGGCAAUAUGGUCGAGGCCAGUAUUCUCAGUCCCGAUAUUACGUACUACGGAGACUUGCACAAUCUCGUGCACAUGGCCAUCUCAUUCUGCCACGAUCCGGAUCAUCGUUUCUUGGAAUCGUUCGCGAUAAUGGGCGACGCCACCACGGCCAUGCGCGAUCCCGUCUUCUACAGGUGGCACGCCUUCGUCGACAGCCUGUUCACCCUCUUUAAGGACUCUCUGCCCGCCUACACGACCCAGCAGCUCGUCUUUCCCGGCGUCUCGGUGUCGGACGUGCGCGUCAACUCGCCCGGCAGCAAUCCCAACACCCUCAACACCCACUGGUCCAAGAGCGACGUCGAGCUGUCGCGCGGCCUCGACUUCACGCCGCGCGGCUCGACCCUGGCCCGACUGCAGCAUCUCAAUCACGACGAUUUCACGUACACCGUCGUGGUGAACAAUACCAACAAUCGCGAGGUGCAGGGCACCGUGAGGCUGUUCAUGGCCCCCAAGUUCGACGAGACCGGCCGACAGAUGAGCUUCAACGAUCAGAGGAUGCUCAUGAUCGAGAUGGACAAGUUCACCUGGACGCUGAACCGAGGCCAGAACGUCAUCACGAGGCAAUCCGUCGACUCGGCGCUGACCAUACCGUUCGAGGCGACCUUCCGCAAUCUCGAGGCCAAUCGUCCCAACUCCAGCGAUCUUCAGUCGUUCGACCAGUUCAACUUCUGCGGCUGCGGCUGGCCGCAGCACAUGCUCGUGCCCAAGGGCACCAGGCAAGGAUACCCGAUGGAUCUCUUCGUCAUGGUGUCGAAUUUCGAGCAGGACAGGGUGAAUCAAGCCCAGCCGACCGGUUGCCGCGACGGCGUGUCCUUCUGCGGUCUCAGGGACCUUAAGUACCCGGACGCCCGCGCCAUGGGCUAUCCGUUCGAUCGCGUGGCCCGCCAGGGUGUCGUCAAUCUCAGCGACUUCCUCGUGCCCAACAUGCAGACCCAGCAGAUCACCGUCAGAUUCUCCGGGGCCGUCAAGCCGCGCCAAUCGAACAAGCAGCAGACCAAUAAUCGCACCUAAAUUGUGCAGAUC